GGGCGGCUGUAGUGAACAGCUGAGCUCAGUCUCGAACCACCCGCAGGCUGAAACGCGCGCGCCUUGGCCCCGAGCAGCGCGCCAAAAAACACAAACGUUGUCGUUGAAAAAAGCGCGCCAAAUUUUCUAUCGGCUCUGUGCUACCUAUCAUAACAAUGGGGGGCUGGUUAAGCUACAUAUGGUGGGGCGGGAACCCAGACGCGGUGAACGAGGUGUCAGGUCUCACGCGGCGAGAGGUGUACGCCGUGCAGCGGUCGUGGGCGCCGGUCUCUGCCAACUCCGUCGCUAAUGGGACAGAACUCCUUAAGAGAUUAUUCCGUGCAUACCCCGAAACGAAAGACUUCUUCAAAAUGCUUCGCAACCAAACAGAAGAGGACUUCGCCAGCAACAUCCAAUUCAAGGCACACGUCAUCAACCUGAUGGCUGCACUCGACCAGGCUGUGGCAAACCUCAACCAGCCAGAGGUUGUUGCUGCUAUGAUGAGGAAACUCGGUGAAUCUCAUAAAAAACGACAGAUUAAAGAGAGCCACUUUCAUGAUCUAAAAGACGUAAUAGUGAAGAUGUUUAUCGAAGUGCUGAAACUGGACGACGCUACUCUCGGUGCGUGGGGCAAGACCGUCGACUUCUGGUACAAGCACGUUUUCGAAACCCUCAACGCCGAGGCAAGAUAACAUGAGCUCAGCGGCUGAAUUUGCUCUCAACGAACUGUGGCUUUUGGGUCAUACUCAUACCUACUGGAACUCAAAAUGUCCGGUCUCGACAGUUAAAGACACGAGCUUGUUCUGUUUUGCGAAGAUCAUAUAAGUACAUAACAUUUUCUAGAUAGGUACCAAAAAGCGCUAAUCAAAAGAACUUAAGACGCUACAGGAGCGAAAAUGCUGAAAUGGGAAGGAGCCCCCCUUUCAAUUUGUGAAUUUUAGUUAAAUAUACUAGUGUUAUUAAACUUAUUAACUAGAUUUAUAGAAAAAAAAAUGUCCAUUCAGAACAACUCAGUUAAAAGAUAUUGCGCAAAAAUCUUCAAAAUCGAGGCUCCGCUCACGACUAUUUCCUCCUUCAAACCUUAAUCAAUCGUAACGAAAUUUGAUUAUCUGAGUAACAAUGAAAUAAUCUGUGUCGGACCGUUUAGUUUUUUUGGCUAAUUGUGAAAAGUUUGAAUACCACACCU